UCUAAAUUCUGUCUGUUGUUUAUAUAUACUGUUCACGCGAUGUUAAAUUCGGAGCUGGAAACAUUUCUGAACCUUUGAAGUUUGAGAGAAGGCACAUCUGAAGAAAAAUGCUGGGGAGCAUUUGGAACUUCGUGAAACGCCAUCGAAGAAAAUUCUUGGUUCUUGGUGCAGUUGCAGGAGGUGCCUCACUCCUUUACAAGUAUGCUGAGUGGAAGUUGAAGGAAUGGAGAGAGACGGAAGAAGCAGAAUGCCUCGCAAUGGCUCGCAGAGCGCACCAUUUCGAGAGCAACCAGCGAACAUGCAACAUGACAGUUCUGUCCAUGAUUCCCAAGCUGAGAGAGCUGCUUCUUUACCAUCUCAACUCAGAAGAACUCAUCCAGAAACUGAAGUCGGGAACUGAAAACAAGGUUGUUGUUUGGAAUGAACUGAAAGUAGUCAGUUUCACAAGAAUGGUGGUCUCUGUGUACAGUACUGUGUUGCUGACAGCCUUUCUGAGAGUGCAGCUGAACAUCCUUGGAGGCUACAUGUACCUGGAUACACUGGCUGGGAAGAAUGGCUUGACAUAUUACCAGGUACAUGCCACCCAGGAUGUACAGAAGGAAUAUCUUGCCAUGGUACAAUACCUUCUUACAGAUGGUUUGACUGAGCUCAUAAAUCAUGUUCGAGAAGUUGUCCAGAAUGUUGUUGGAAGCAUAUCAUUACAGCAGCUUCUAAGCCUGUCAGACAUGGAGGAGAUCAUAGCCAAGGUCAGAGGUCAGGUAGAAACAACGCAGUAUGGAGGAGAAGUGGUGGUACCAGACUGUUCUAUUCACCCCCUGGGGAGGUAUCUCCUGAAGCCGGAGGGACUAGAUGGAGAGGAAUCUGCAUGUCGGCUCAGCGAUGACCAGCUUGUACUGAGCCAGAUGCAAAUAGAGACUAGGGAUUUAGUUGAAAGCCAUGAUUUUAGCUGUGUGAUGAAUUCUUGCCUUGAUAUCGGGUUCAGCCGUCUACUGGACAACAUGGCUGAGUUCUUUAGACCAGUCACAACUCGAAAUGGAGAAAGCCCAUGUGGACUCAAACUAGCCAUGGCCAAAGCCAUACCCAUUGUUAAUGGCCAGGUCAAUGCACUUUGCUGUGAUACUCCAAAUCAUUUUAUCCAGGAGCUGCUUCUGAUGCAGUGCGUGAAGGACUUUGCUUCCAAUGUUUACGAGGGCUUCAGCCAGCCUCCGGCCCAUGAAGAAAGAAAUGGCGACGUCAGGUCACCCAAUGAUAAUGGUAGUGUAGAAAGGAUUUAAGAGACAUUUGACACAUUAAUUGAAAUAAAUCAUUCUUGAUCCAACAUGUAUGCCAGCAUGUGGGACCGGCUAAAGACUGACGGAGAAGAGAGGUAAAGGUAACCAUUUUAGACGUAAAAGUGGCAGAGAAAAGAGGGGAAUAUAGCCAUUCUAGUGAAUAUGUCGCACAUUUAUGAGCUAACGUGGACUUCAGCAUGUGGAACCGGACAGAGAGUGACAGAGAGGAGAAUGAAAUUAUGCAACAAUUUUAUUGACUGUAAGAAAGUGAAAAAGAGCAUUAUGAAUCAACAUGGAUUUCAUCAUGCGGGACUUGCCAAAAAGUGACAGAGAGGAGAAAUAAAUCUGACCGUAAAAGAAUGACUACCACGAAGUGAAAUCCAACGUUUAUGAGCCAACAAGGAUUUCAGCGUGCGGGACUAGCCAGCGGGUGACAGAGGGGUAAAAGAAUGACUACCACAAAUUGAAAUAGAAUGUUGUGUACUGACAUGGAUUCCAGCACAUGGGACAUGCCAGAGAGUGAUGGAGAAGAGAGGAAAAGGUAACCCGUGACUAAUAACGAUGCUAGGAAGAAAGAGAAGCACAGUCGUCUGAAGUCAUCUGUUUUAUGUUUGUUUAUUUUUUAAAAGCAUGCAUAAAAUGUGCACAUGUGGGACUACAAAUUUGAGCUAAGUAUAUGGUAUCAACACAGGUUUGAAUAUUGUAAAUCCUUAUACAGAUUAUGAUAUGAAUGUAUUACUAUUAAGCAUCAAGUAUGAUAUUGCAGCAUUAUGUGUGAUGUACAUGUACAUUGGUUAAAGUGAUGUAAAUUCAAUUUUCAAAAUUCUGUAUGACCAAGUGCCUUGGUUUAACUGGAGGCUUAUUGCUUCUCAUCUUUUUUCAUGUCUUUUGAAUGAUUCCCUCAAACUUUUUGAUUGAUUCCUUAAUUUUGUCUUUAUAACGUUAUUGGUUAAUUUAAAUCAUAAUUGGUGUCAACCUGAGCCAAACUCUAGGAGGGGCUUGUGAAUAGGAUAACAAAAUAUGCAAUUUCGAUUUCCAAUCAUAAAUAUCUUGAUAAUCAGACUGGCGAUUGGCUUGUAAAAGUCAUGGGAUUCCUGACUGACCUAAAGGUUAAUAAUUAUCAUUGCAGCAUGAGCUAAAUCCAGGAUAUUGUUUCAGAAUCUGAGGCAAUGUUACUGAGUCACUUGAAUGUAUGCUGCUGUAAUAGCUACAACCCUAUUCUUUCUCAAGCUGAUGUUUGCCAUCUGGACCACUGUUACCUGUACCCCCUUCUCAAGUUUAUGAAAAGGCCCUACAAAAGGAGUUAGUGUACUCUCUGAAACCAUAUUAGAGCACUCUACCAAUUAAUUACGCUGCAGAACCAAUUCUUUGUUUAGCAUAAUCUUCUGCCACCUGUAGGCCCUUAUGAUCUUCUUUGCACUAUGUACCAAGUUGUAUGAGAGGAGUUGUUAAGAUUAGGCUAUAUUGUUGUCCAAAUGUAUUCUCUCCUCUGCUUUUGUUUGCCAUCUGCAGUGUGGUAAUCUUCCAAUUACUUAUCAAGUUCUAUGAAAGGAGUAUUCUAAAGGUUAGGUCAUGUUAUUCUUGCUUGCUAUUGUUUGUUAUCUGUUACAUGUAUGUUGUAGUCUUUACAUUACUUUACAAGUUGUAUGGAAGGACUUCAGUGUUCAUGAAGACCACAAACAUUCACAAUAGGCCUGUCUCCAUCAGCUCGAGUUUGCCAAAUACCUGCUAUUUUCAGACUCGGGAUAUUAUCCCAAAGCUCCAAAUUGCGUCUUCACUAGACCGAUAGGCUCAUCACAAACUAGCUUGUACAGGCGGGAUUUAGUGGAUAUUUGGUUAAGAAAAUAUCCAGCUAAUUGUAACUGCGGGCUGAUGAGGACGUGAUUGACUGGUUAACUUGCGAUCGGGGUACUUACAAUGGCGGGUUAUUUUGCAAACUCAAGCUGAUGAAAACAGGCCUACCGUAUUCCAGAGGCCAUUCUCUCCUUUGCUAUUGUUUGCUCUUUGCAGUGUUUGCCUAAUCUCCUCAUUUUCAUCAAUUUCAUGAGAAGGAUUCUUUGUAUUAUUCUUUAGGGAUCAGGAUAUAAUACCAAUUCACCCUAUUCAUCAUGUAAUUGCAUCAGGAUUAGGAAGAUAAAGACCAAGCACAUGUGUACUUGUUAGUGUACAUGAGUCAUCUUACAAGAAGGUUACUGUAUGUUUUUUUAAUCAUAACGCGGAGGGAAGGACUAUGAAUUUAGUUUCUAUCAUUUUAAGGUACUCAUCCAUCUAGUACAUAUAUGCAAUAUAUAUAUAUAAAGUUAUGAACCACUUGUGAUCCUAAUUUAUUGAUAUUUUUUGCUUGUUUUGAAUUAUGUAUGUCAAAAGAUAUAUGUGAUGUAAAAUACAGUUAACAACUAAAUUGUUCAUACCCUUACCAAGUUUUUUUUAAAUGUGAAAAUUGAUUUGUCCCCAUUUAUGUUUCUUGAGAAUAUGACAAUCAGCAAAGGUCUUAAUUCAACCAGUUCCCCUUCCAUUCUUACGAGGGUAAUGAGAACUUUUGUUAUAUGUUUAUAGAUAUGCAUACAUGUUUAAAUAUUAAUUAACUAUUUCAUUUUAUUUGACAUAAUAUAUGCUUUGUGAAUGUUGUUGUAUUUCUGACUUUGAAUUCGCAUGUGAAAUGACCAAAUGGUGUUGUAUAACUUGAUAUCAAGGAGGUUUAAAAUCAAAGGUUUCAUACCUUGAGUAUGGGCUAUAAUAUUUGGCAAUGUAAUAGAAAAGGAUAAGUGGUUAGAUCCCAACCAUCUUGGAUUUGCGCAAAUAACUUAGUUUCCCUCUUUUUUGUUGUUGAAAGGGCUACGUGUACAUUCGUCCCCGAUUUUACAACUUGCAAUGAAGAAUUAUUCAUAAUGGAAGAUUAUUUUUGAAGCCUGGUGUUUACCAACAAUUUCUUUUAUCAUUAACUUCCAACAAUGAAUGAGGAAAAUGUUGACAUUAUUGACAUUAAUUCAGUUGUUUUAUAUAUAUAUUAUGUGAAAUUUAUAUGUGUAUAGUUAUGUACACAUGACUGUGAUGAUUAUAAUUAUGUACAUAAUUGUUUUUAUAUUGCAAUAAUAACCGCUGUUACUACGAGCAGACUUGAUGAUUGAAAAAUAAAAAAGACUUGUAUACAUAA